AUGGCGGCCUUGUUCCAGGGUCUGAUCGACUGGUUGCGCUCCUUGUUCUGGGCCAAGCAUCUCGAGGUCACAAUCGUGGGGUUACAGGCGAGCGGGAAGACAUCCCUCGUUAAUGUCCUCGGCUCGGGCCAGUGGUCGGAGGACGUCGUCCCGACCGUCGCGUACAACUUGCGCCAAGUGCGGAAGGGUAACGUGACGAUGAAGAUAUGGGAUGUUGCAGGCCAGCCAAAGUUUCGAAGCAUGUGGGAUCGCUACUGUCGUGGAGCGAAUGCCAUUGUCUAUGUUGUCGACGCCGCCGAUACGAAGUCGAUUCCCAUCUCUACGAGCGAGCUUCAUUCCCUUCUCGGAUUACCUUCGCUAGCCGGAGUGCCUCUCCUUGUGCUGGCCAACAAGAGCGACCUCCCCGGGGCAGUUGGCGUUGACGAGAUGAUCCGCGACAUGCGGCUCGCCGAAAUCGGUGGGCGUGUCGUCUCCUGCUACUCAACCAGCAAUAAGACCAAGCAUAACCUCGACAUCGUCCUGGCCUGGCUCACACAGCGCGCGCAAUGA